AAAAACCAAAAAACAGAAGGAAAAAAAAAGCCAGCUACCGAGACACCAGAAGUAUCAACAGUGUAAUAGAUCAAGAGAGAAUCCUGACAGGCCGAGGUUCCUUCGGAUUCUGUGAACCUAUGCUUGUUGCUAUCCUUCCACACUUGAACCCUACUCUCCUUAGGGCUUUUCCUCCUCAUUGGCUGGCAUUUCCCAUCCCUUAGAGAAGAAUAAGGCCAUGGGAGCAAGCUAACAAGCCCCUAAGAAACCCAUAUCUCCUUCCUGUCUGCCUUGAAAACCUGCCAUAAAUUCACUUAAAAACGACCAAUAGUACCACCACCCGCACAAAAAAAAGAAGAGACUCUCUUGCUUGUUAUCACAAAGCAAACUCAUUUCUCUGAGCUUUUGCUGGAUUUUAGGUGGCUUUGUGCAACCUUUAUCCUUAUUUUGUUUCUCUUUUUCUGUUUCCAUUACCACCAACUCAGUGCUGUUAAAGCCACCUCCUUAGCAUGAUUUCUGGUCCUUAGACAAGCCACCUUCUUUCCAACUCAAACCAGCAGUCCUCUCUCUCUCUCUCUCUCUUUUCGGGGCCCAAGAGAUUCUGAAGCAGAGCACAACUGUGUGGAGCUCCUGUCUUCUUCUUCUUCUUCUUCUUCUUCUUCUUCUGGCACAAGAACAUACCUGAGAUAGCUCCCAUUCAUUAAAGAAACCAUCUUGGGUCUGCUUCUCUGGCUUUCUUGCUGCUAUACCUGUCCCGAGUUUAAUCCAAAAGCUUGAGAGCUCGGCGUUUGGGUUUCCUUCUGUUUUGCUCAUUCUCUUCGGGUCGUUCGGGUCAAUCGGGUCCAGAUUCAGUAAACCAGACCUGACCCAGAAAAUGGUUCGGGUCCAAUUUUAGGACCCGACCCGGACCCGCGGGUCCUAAAAUUUGGGUCGGGCCGGGUCUAUGCGGGUUGGGUCACGGGUUGGCCCGACCCAUUUGCAGCCUUAGUUCGACUCAUCGCCGCCUCCUUUCGCCAAAUCCUAGUCUCCACCCAUCCGGCCACUCGAAUCCCUGUGCCCAACCCACCUGCGGCCCCGGCUGGCUUCGAACAAGAGGACAAGAAGACGCCAGAUCAGCACCUCAAACUCAUCGCUGAAGAACUUCAAGAUAUCAAGUUCAAAUUGGAAGACAUGAAACUGUUGAGACCUGAUUUGCUCCCGACCUUCCCACAACAACCCAUACAAUAACAGGGCACUUGUAUAGAGAAGGGCUUCUGGUUGGCACAUAUUUAUCAUUGAUCCAAUGGAAGCUCUAGGCUCGACUUUGGGAAUUCAGGUUUCUUCUGGCACAAAUAUUACCAGAAGGCAAUAUGGACUGUCAACCUUAAGAUCGCCAUCUCAAAGUGUGGUUUCUUCAUGUUCUAUUCCAUACUGGGAACUAAGUCUUGAGAAAUCCUGUUUUGCUUCAAAGCUGGCAUCGCAUAAGGCAGAGAGGAGCAAGGGAGAUUUUGAGUGCAGAAACACUAUUCAGGAAAAUAAAAGCUCUGUUGAGACUGAAGAUGGCUCAGGAACUCCUCUUCGAAGGAAAAGACUUGCAGUUUUUGUCUCUGGUGGAGGUUCAAACUUUAGGGCCAUCCAUGAGGCCACAGUAGAGGGAUCAGUUUAUGGGCAUGUUACAGUUUUGGUCACAGAUAAGCCUAGUUGUGGAGGUGCUGAACAUGCAAGAGAUAAUGAAAUCCCAGUUAUUCUGUUUCCCAAGAGCAAAUCCACACCUGAGGGGCUGUCGCCAGUUGAUCUUGUCUCUACUUUAAGGAAUUUUGAGGUCGACUUUAUUCUUCUUGCUGGUUUCUUAAAACUUAUACCCGUUGAAUUGGUUCGGGCGUAUCCAAGAUCUAUAUUAAAUAUUCAUCCUUCUCUUCUUCCUGCUUUUGGGGGCAAAGGAUUUUAUGGUUUAAAGGUGCAUAAAGCUGUCAUUGCAUCUGGGGCUAGAUAUUCUGGCCCCACAGUUCACUUUGUAGAUGAACAUUAUGACACUGGUCGCAUCCUAGCUCAGAGGGUUGUACCUGUCCUGGCAAAUGAUACUGCAGAGCAGUUGGCUGCAAGAGUCCUUCAGCUGGAGCAUCGAAUCUAUGUGGAGGUGGUUUCAGCAUUGUGCGAAGAGCGAAUUAUUUGGAGAGAAGAUGGAGUCCCUCUAAUUCGAAGCAAGGAGAAUCCGAAUGGGUAUUAUUAACCAUAUGCUUGAAUUCAUCUGUUUUGCUUAAGGAAAAAUCCCAAGUAUGUCUUUUUGGGGUCAUGAUUUAUUUUUUCCUUACAAGGAACUAAGAAAGCUCAUGCUUUUGCCAAUUUUGAUAAAUUAUUGCUCCUUUUUUAUCCUUUUUUUUUUCUGGGACUAUAUUUGUUUUAUUUCGACCCUUAACAUAUCUCCUGAAUACCCAUUUGUGUUACUUACCUGACCAACAUAAAUUUAAAGUGGAAGCAUUUUGGUAUCAUGAGACGGUAACAUCCACCUUGAACAGGUUUUGGACA